CGCGCGCCCCCAGAGCGCCCCGGAGCGGCCCGGGAGCGGUGGGCCUGGCCCGGCUGCGCCAGAGCCCGCGCGAUGGAGCCGGGGCCGCGGCGGCGGCGGCGGCGGAGGAGCCGGCCCCUGGUCGCCGCCUUCCUGCGAGACCCGGGCUCGGGCCGCGUGUACAGGCGCGGGAAGCUGAUCGGCACGGGCGCCUUCAGCCGCUGCUACAAGCUGACCGACAUGUCCACCAGCGCCGUGUUCGCCCUCAAGGUGGUCCCGCGUGGCGGGGCUGGGGCUGGGUGGCUUCGUCCACGGGGAAAGGUGGAGCGUGAGAUUGCCCUGCACAGCCGUCUGCGACACCGCAACAUCGUGGCUUUCCACGGACACUUCGCUGACCACGACCACGUGUACAUGGUGCUGGAGUACUGCAGCCGCCAGUCUUUGGCUCACGUGCUGAGGGCGCGGCAGACGCUGACGGAGCCGGAAGUGCGUUACUACCUGCGGGGGCUGGUCAGCGGCCUGCGCUACCUGCACCAGCGACGCAUCGUGCACCGAGACCUGAAGCUCAGUAACUUCUUCCUUAACAAGAACAUGGAGGUGAAGAUCGGAGACCUGGGGCUGGCUGCCAAGGUGGGGCCAGAGGGCCGCUGCCACAGAGUGCUCUGUGGGACCCCUAAUUUCCUGGCCCCAGAGGUUGUCUCCAGAAACGGGCACUCCUGCCAGUCGGACAUCUGGGCUCUGGGCUGCGUCAUGUACACGGUGCUGACUGGCACCCCGCCCUUCACGGCCUCACCCCUGUCGGAGAUGUACCAAAACAUCCGCGAGGGCCGCUACCCCGAACCUGCUCACCUGUCCCCCAGUGCACGCCGCCUCAUCGCCCGCCUCCUGGCACCCAACCCGGCCGAGCGGCCCAGCCUGGAGCACCUGCUACGGGACGACUUCUUCACGCAGGGUUUCACUCCAGACCGGCUGCCAGCCCACUCCUGCCACAGUCCCCCCAUCUUCACUGCACCCCCGCCUCUGGGCAGGAUCUUCCGGAAGGUGGGCCAGCUGCUGCUCACCCAGUGCCGGCCACCCUGCCCCUUCACGCCUAAAGAGGCCUCGGGUCCAGGAGAAGAUGGGCCCAACCCUGACUCCAUGGAGUGGGGCGGCAAGGGGCUGGGGCCACCCUUCACCCCCGCCACUUCGCCUCAGAGCUCCCUGACUGCGAAAGGGGUUCCCUGCCUGGAGGCCCCCGUCCACCUGAUUGCACAAGGGACCCUGCAGAGUGACCUGGCCGACACCUGUCCUCCCAGGGCCCGAGGGGAGCCGGCACCCGGAGGUGGAGGCGGCCCUCAGACACCUGCAGCUGUGUGUGGACACAGGCCCUCUGGCCAAGUGUGCUACACUGCCGGCCCGAGGGAGGCUGGAAACCUUCACCCUGGGGGACGUGCCGGGGCUGCUGGGCAUUCCGCAGCUCUUCACCAGGUGCCUGCAGCGGCGGCUGCGGGAGGUGAAGAGCCUGGGGGGCCAGGGGGGCUGGGAGUGGGGACACCCCUGCUGCCUGUGACCUCAGCCGAGUCCGUCCACAGGAGGGGCCCCUCCCCAGCCCCAUACCGCCUGCUGGCCCCGGCCUCUGCCUCCUGCACUUCCUGGCCUCUGAGCAGGCAUUGCUGUUGCUGCUUAGCAAUGGGACGGUGCAGAUGAGCUUCGAUGGAGUCCCAGCCCAACUGUUGCUGAGUGGCGAGGGUGAGGGUUUGCAGCUCACCCUCUGGGAGCGGGGCCCCCCCGGCACCUCCUCCUCCCUGGACGUCCUUCGGAACCACGGCUGCGUCCCCGCCACCCGACAGCGCCUUCACCACGCCCUCCGCAUGCUGCAGAGUAUCUAGUACCCUGAGGCUCAGAGUGUGACCCCUGCAUGGUGGUGCCAGGGACCCAGGCUCCAGUUCCAUUUCUGUGGCUUCCCUCAGAGGGGCUGUCCUGGGGGGGAGCUGGGGGGCACACGGGAGGGGGGUCCUUGCCUUGUGGCAUGACUGUUCAACCCAGACUUUGCUGGGUUCUCUCUUUUGCAUUAAAGAUGACUUGAAACGCUGCAGGCCAUGGUCUGCCUCUGGGAGAAAGCAUCUGAGGCGCUUUGGCAAAGGAACAUUGAAACCCCAGGGGACCAAA